GGUUUACGUGGAUUUUAAAGAAACCGACAAGAAGCGUCAACUAAGGGUCUGAUAAACGUGAAUCCACCUAAUUUCUUGUCUUUGUCCUGUGGCCGGACGAUUGCUAUACACUAUUGAUGGCUUAUACUCGUCGCCCCAGCGACGGCCUUUUGGCCCGUGUGAACUUUCCACUAUACGCCGUGGACAUGCUUACCAGCCGUCACAUAAUUGUGGCCGGUGGUGGUGGCUCCAGCAAGACGGGAGUGGCAAACGGCUUUGAGAUCUACGAACUAUACCACAAUGGAACCCACUUCUGCGCGGAGGAGGUGCUGCGCCACGAGACGGGCGCAAACGUAGUGAUGAACUUCGCACUGCGUUACGGUGGCAAGAAAGGCUUCUUGUGCGCCGGCCAGGAGGCGCACUGCCAAAUGUACUUUGUCCAGCCGCGCGUUCUGUUGGAGGAUAUGGAACAUGGAAAGGGAGUCAGCGUCGGUAAGCCCGCACUGGCCGACUGGUCUAAUGGGAAGGACAAUUUAAGUCAGCGAAACGCCCACUCGGGUAUGGAGGCAGUAACGAACAGGCACAAGCACCCCCUCUCCUCCGCUGACAUAUUUCGGCAGUCCCGGCGGAUGCUCUUCGACAUACAAGCGUCGGAUGUGGUGCAGACGGAUUUCCUUAAGGGCGCCGAGCCAUUGCAACGAGUGGUGCGCAUUAGUGGUAACGGCCAGCUUAUGGCCACUGGAGGCACGGACGGACACCUACGGGUAUGGACUUUCCCCCAGAUGACCUUAGCCGCCAAGUUGGCAGAGCAUAGCAAGGAGAUCGACGACCUGGACUUUAGCCCCGACAGCAAAGUUAUCACCAGCAUAUCUAAAGAUUCCCAGGGCUUAGUGUGGGACUUGGCCAGCGGCCAGCUUCAACAUAAGUUGCAGUGGAAAACGCCAGAGGGGGCCAAAUACCUGUUCAAGCGGUGCCGCUACGGGACGGUGGAGGCGCAGAAAGACAACUAUCGCCUCUUUACCAUAGCAAAUCCGCUUGGCAAGAUAGGUAAGCAGCGUGGCUUCCUGCAGCGCUGGAACUGCGCAAGUGGACAACUUCAACAAGCUGUUGCCAUCGACGAAAGCCUGUCAUCCCUGGCGGUGCGAGACGACGGUCGGUUCGUGGCUGUCGGCACGAUGUUCUCAGGAAGCGUCUCCAUGUACAUAGCAUUCAGUCUGCAGCGCGUGCUCCACAUUCCCCAUGCACACUCCAUGUUCGUAACGGGUAUUCAGUUCCUGCCUAUAACAAAUGAGGCUGGACCUCCAAUCUCCAGCGACACGGAGGCAGCCGUUUUGUCCAUUUCUGUGGACAACAAAGUCUGCAUACACAGUCUGGCCCAAAGGCGUGUAGUUCCCGCUUGGAUUGCCACUGUAUUUUUGAUAGUCAUGAUUUCGGCCGUUUUUGUGCUAUGCGCCUACAUUGGCAUCUGAUGUUCAAUGUUUCGAAGAGUGUUUAAAAAUAUGCAUUAUAAGAUUGUAAAGUUUCACCCCGUCCCUUGUCUCUCCACCAUAAUUGUCAUUAUUUUAAGAGCAUAGUCUUUUUCAAUUGCACUAAAAUUUAUAAUAGUUUGCUUAGUUGUAUACCAAUUGGAUUGUCUCUUAAAUCCCAGUUAAUGAAUUGUUGCUACUCAGGAAUCUGUGUCAGUUCUAAAUGAUUAAACUCAAUUGGCACUUUAAAGAAAUAUAUUAAUUUAAAAAAACGAA